UUACUUACAAAUUGUUUGUUCGCUGACUGACUGUUGAAUCGACUUGCAGCUCAAAAUCCACCUCGCCGCAGUCUAAUUCUCUCUGUUCUCGUCCAUGGAGAACUCAUCCGGCUCUGGGGCGCAAAAGAGUCUUCCCUCCACGAAAAGCACCAGCCUCUUCCUCCAAAUCGUCGAACACCCCGACGGCACCGUGACCCGCCCCCCGGUCCCCGUCCUCCCGCCCUCCGGCGAUCAACCCGAUGCCGACGUCCUCUCCCGAGACGUCCCCCUCAAUCCCCCGAACGGCACAUGGCUCCGCAUCUACCGCCCCAACCCCCUCCCUCCAGCCGCUAAGCUCCCCGUCAUCAUCUACUUCCACGGCGGCGGCUUCGUCGUCUUCAGCUCCGGCACCGCCUUCUACCACGCCUUCUGCGAGGCGAUGGUUCGCCAUGUCUCCGCCCUGGUCGUCUCCGUCGACUACCGCCUCGCGCCUGAGCACCGCCUCCCCGCCGCGUACGAGGACGCGGCGGAGGCCGUGCUCUGGCUCCGAUCCCAAUUAGGUCGAGGAGGGGGAGGAGAUCCGUGGCUGGCACGCCACGGCGACGCUUCCCGCUGCUUUCUUAUGGGCAGCAGCUCCGGCGCCAACAUGGCGUACCACGCCGGACUGCUCCUCACGGCCCUGGAGCUGCACCCGGUCAAGUUCACGGGGCUGAUCCUCAACCAGCCCUACUUCGGCGGAGAGGAGAUGACUCCGUCGGAGACGAGGUCGGAGGAGGACCAAAUACUCCCCCUCCGCGCUAACCAGAUGCUGUGGAGGCUGGCGCUGCCCGAAGGCGCGGAUCGGGACCAUCGGUUCUGCAACCCGGUGGCGGCGGUUCCGGCGGAGCUGAGGCAUCUGCCGAUGUGUCUGGUGACGGGCUGCGAAGGGGAUCCGUUGGUCGACCGCCAGCGGCAGUUCGUGGAAAUGAUGGAGAAGGAAGGAAGCGGCGGCGGCGCCACCGCCGUGGUGGCGAAGUUUCGCGAAGGAGGGUUUCACGCGGCGGAGCUGCUCGAUCCGGAGUGGGCGGAAACCCUAAUCGCGGAGGUUCGGGCGUUCGUUGCUAGCGCUUGUUAGUAGCUCCACUAAACUUUGAAAUAAAAUAAAAUAUAAAAAAAUUCAAUGAUUUUAAAAAGGUGAAAUAAUGGUCGUAAAUAAUGGAUAUUUGGUUAAUGCAAUUGUCGAUCGAUUACGAUGGACUUGUGCCAAAUGGGGCAGUGGAGUCUCUGUGUUGUCUUGGUCCCGAUUAAUGAAGUUGGGAGUUUUAUAAUGUAGCAGAAUAUAAAAUGGCUGGUGCACUGCAUGGUGCUGCUUGUAUGGUGGAUGGUGCAUAUGGACCAGAAAAGGAAGGGAGCAGCGGCAGAGGAGCAGAGCAACCCAACAAUGAGCAGUCCCCCCACUCAUUCAAUGCUACGAAACAUCAUGUGACCAGAGAGACCCCGACACAUCCACACCGAUACCCCAUCUUUCUUUUACCAUCCUCCCUCACCUCCCUCACCUCCCCCUCUUUCUCUCUCUAUUUGUGUGACAGAGAAGAGACACUGCUGGUGCAUGCAUUUUUCCUCAAUGUCGCGUCCUCGCCUGAAUUGAUUGGUAUUUAACUUGUCGAUCCACGGCGUUGCCUCUCAGUUCGAUGGGAUGAUGAGGGAGCGGCAGCGGUGGCAGCCGGAGGAGGACGCGCUCCUGCGGGAGUACGUGAAGCAGUACGGGGCGAAGGAGUGGGCGCUGGUGUCGGAGCGCAUGGGGCGCCCGCUCCACCGCGACCCCAAGUCGUGCCACGAGCGCUGGAGGAACUACCUCCGUCCGGGCCUCAAGAAGGGCUCGCUCUCCCCCGACGAGCAGUCCCUUCUCAUCUCCCUCCAGGCACGGUACGGCAACAAGUGGAAGGCCAUCGCCGCCCACCUCCCCGGCCGCACCCCCAAGCGCCUCGGGAAGUGGUGGGAAGUCUUCAAGGAGAAGCAGCUCAAGCUCAAUACCAACCACACUUCCUCCUCCUCUUCGUUCUCCUCUUCUUCCUCCCCCUUCGCCUUUCCGCCCUCUGUUUCCGCCGCUGGCGCCGCCUCCCCUAGCGCGUACGAACACAUCCUCCACACCUUCGCCGAGAAGCACGCGCUCAAUAUGACCUGUGCCGACCACUCCCCGUCUCCAGGCAGCUCCUCGUCCGCGGCGGCGGCACCGUCGGUGGCGCUCUCGCUCUCAAUCUCGCCGCCUCCGGCGCCGGAGCUCGCGCCGCACCAGCUGUCUCUCGUCGCGAGGCUGUGCGAGGAGGUGGAGGAGGGACGGCGCGCCUGGGCGCAGCACCGGAAGGAUGCGGCGUGGCGGCUGAGCCGGCUGGAGCAGCAAAUGGAGACGGAGAAGGCGCGGAGGAAGCGGGAGAAGGUGGAGGAGGUGGAAGAGCGGAUUCGGCGACUGAGGGAGGAAGAAAAGGUGUGGCUGGAGAGGGCGGAUGCAGAGUGGAGGGAGAGAAUGGGACACUUGAGGACGGAGGCGGAGGCCGAGGAGAUGGAAAAGGCGGAGGCGUGGGCGCGCAAGCAGACCAAACUCCUUUCGUUGAUCCAGACAAUCGCCGGCGGCGAGGGGCGGGGGUCGUCUCGUGACCACUCCAUUCUUCAAUUUCCUUAGCAUAUGUAACAUAAACUAGUUGAUGCCGACGAUUAACAAUAAGAACCACACUUUAUUAA